UUCGGAGGUAUAAUAUAAGAGAGUGAAGUUCAACAAAUAUUUCAUGAUUGAAGAGUUAUGAUAUUUUAUACGACCAUAUAUCAAGAAAAUGCAUUUUUCUAUUCCUGAUUUGCAACAGUUUCGUGACGACAAUGGCAUUACUUAUACGGGCUACAACAUUUAUAUUGAUGGAUUUUUUCACUGUACUGCUCGGUACAAACAAUUACUCAGCCUUCACGAGCAAUUGCAGGCUCAAUACCCGCAUUUAAAGCUGUCUGGGUUUCCAUCAAAGAAAUUUUUCUUAACUAGUUCUCAGUUAGAGGAGAGAAGAUUAUUGUUAGAAAAAUAUAUACAAAUGGUUGGACAAAAUCCUGUAUUUGCAAAUUCAGGGAUUCUGAUCACAUUCCUAUUUUCGGCUCAGCAGGAAACUCACUCAGUUCGAGUUCAUGUCGUAGAUAUAGAAAUUUCUUUAAUGAAUGGCUAUAGAAUACCUCUGUCAGUAUCAUCUAUAGAUUCUUCUAGUACUGUUUUAGAUAUUGCUUGUAAUUCUGUGAAUUUAUCAAAAGACUUGACAAAAUACUUCUCUUUAUAUCUAUUUAACUGGAGCUGUGCAAAAGACGGGCAACCUUGUUUAAAAAAAUUAGAGGACUAUGAAUCUCCAUACAUAUCACAAAAAUAUGUAAGGCCAGAGGAUAAAAUUGUUUUAAGGAAAAGUUAUUGGGACCCCUGUUAUGAUAUGGACUUAAUGAUAGAUAGAGUUUCAUUAGAUUUACUAUAUCUACAGCUUAUUGAAGAAGUAGAUUUGGGAUGGAUAAUUGCUGAUCAGCAAACUAAAGAAAUUCUAUCAUCGUUUGAAGCUCAAAAGCAAAAACGAGAGUAUAUUGAACUCGCUCGUUCCUUGAGGCACUACGGCAGCAUUCCAGCCGGAGAAGCUUUGACUGACGCCGUGAACAUAGGUGAAGCUGAUACAAACAUUAUUCGUGCUCGAGUAUCACUAGCAUCCAAAGAACUAACUCUGACGAGUGUCACUCAUCCAAGUCAUGAACAGAGAUACAAGGUCACGAGAAUGCGAUGCUGGCGUAUUACAACAUUACAUAACAUGGAACGAUCGCAGGCGAACGAUGACGAUUCUCUUCUUGAUGUUCCGAGCAAAAACUUCGAGCUGUCAUUUGAAUAUCUCAUUAGCAAAGACAAUUUGGUCUGGGUGACACUAAGAACGGAACAUGCAAUAUUCAUAAGUGUUUGUUUACAGUCCAUUGUAGACGAGCUGAUGCGUCAGAAAAGCGGCGAGGGUCCGACUUCCCCCCGCUGUAAGCGCGCCAGCCUUGCCUAUCUGCGGCGAGACGGCUCCACGCAUCUCAUCACGCCAUCCUCCUCCAGCGACACGCUCAGCUCCGUGAAUGGAGAUUCAUCUGGCAGUUCAAGAGAAAUAUUUUCUGUUCAGAAGCUUACGGAAAAGUUUGCAUCUGUUGCCUUCAAGUCGGGAAAAGAUUGCGUUGAAAACAAUGCCUUCGAAGCGAUAGGCGACGAGGAACUUUAAAAUUUAUUUCCAAAGAGUAAAUCUCUAUAAACUCCGUUGCCAAUAUUGUAUAGAGAAUUUAUGCAUGCCCCAAUUUUCUCGAAUUUGUACAGAUAAUAAAUAAUCCUUGUAAAGAUUUUCUAGUUAAAAAUUAGAAAAUUAUGUAUAAGAAAAAGUAUGGCUAUGAUUUUUGUUUACUUAUAUUUUUUAUUCCAGGCCAUUAACUUGCCAUAUGUCCAUUGUGAAAUAUCGAUGAAUUGAUUUUAUUUAACUGUAUAUUGUAUUCAGAUUUUAAAUUUAUAUAUAUAUAUAGAAGAGACUAGAAUUUAUAUGUAUAUACAUUUCAUAGGUUUUUAUGUAUCUAAUAUUUUAUGUUUAUAACUCAAAAUUAAUUUUAUAAUAAUUGAGUAAUGAAAUUGUAUAGGGUAAUAGCAUUUAAAUACUUUAAUGAUAAUUAUUAUUGGUGUGUUUGAGAGAGCUCAAUUAAACAUGUUUUUUUUUAAAUAUAUUUUUAAGUUCGAACAGUAGGAAAGCUAGAUAACUAAUUGUGUAAUAUCAUGAUUACUUUUUGCAACGGUAGUAAAAUAGUACCUAAGUGUAGAUUAUAUUUAAAUUGAAAUCUCUACGAUCAAUUUCAUAACAAUAGUAAUAAGUAUACAAGAAUAAUUUAAAAGAGACUUAUUUUAUGUUUAAGUAAUACGUCAUACGUACUGAAUAUAUCGAAAAGUAAAUUUUUAGGGCCAGUUAAUUACUUUAACCUCUUAGCUGCUGAAAACUCGUUUAGCUAGUAGAGUUGUUUUAUAGACCGUGGCGUAUAAACUCGCCUGACACAUAUCAAAACAACGGCGCGAGCGACUCGCCUUGCCAGGCAAGUUCAUACAAUACUUUAUUUUUAAAAAUUAAUACAAUUUUUAAUUAUAAAUAACAGUUAAAAUAAAAGAAAUAAAAAACACAAGACAGUUACAAGAAAAUGAAAAAAAAAAACAUAACGAAUAAGAGUAGCAUUACAAUAAAUACGAGUCCGGCUUGAAUAUGGUGCUAUCCGAGCAACGAUUAAAUAAAUUUUAAUAAAUAGAAACAUGUUAUGUAUAUAUAUGUGAUAAUUUCGAAUGGAAAGUAUGAACUCGCCUUGCCCGAUUGUUAGCACUGACGCAUACGGUAACAAUGACUCGCCUAGCGCGGUAGUGCGCAUACGCAGCCUUGUCAACAGAGGUUAGCGUACGCGAGGUACUUGCGAUUUCUACAAAUUCGGCUCCGCAGCUAAGAGGCACGUGUGUCGCAACUCAGUUAUAUUUGAUUUUAUUUUAUGUUACUGAAGAUUAUUAUUUAAUAAUUUAUGAAUAGAAAUGUAUUUAAAAUAUAAAGUCGCACGAAGUGUUUAUUUUUGUUUGAUUCACAAGUUGAAAUAAAAAUGCAAUACUAUUUCUAAAAUUAAUAAAUAAAAUUUCAUUGUUAUAAAAAAAAAAAAAAUUGACUAAUUGUGCCGUUUUGGUUUUAAUUUGGUUUGCAUGGAAUUUAAUUAUAUCAUAUUUUUGUAUUUGCAUCAUGAGAUAAUCUGGCUGCUUAUUAAUAAAUAAACAUAACUAAAUAAAAUUUACUAAUAACUGGUUUGUAACGGAUUGUGUUGAGAAUUGCAUUUCUACAAUAUAAAUGUGCACAGAACAAAACAUAGCUUUCUUAAUGUCAUUCUAAUUGGACAAUAAUUUAUUUUUGUUUGUAAGUUGCCAUUGUUUUAUGAAUUUUAAAAAUUCUGUUGAUUAAGUUGUGAAAUUAACCAAGGACAUUAUUUUUCCUAUAUGCUAAGUAGUAUUUAUUGUCCUUUUUUAUAUAAAGUUUUGCUUUUAAUUCCAAGUCUUCAAGUCAAUGCCCCACUUUUUCAAACUUAUUUUAAGUUUUAUAAGCGGCAUUAUUUCUUUAAUAUACCUGACAUAAUGUGAAUUAUACAGUUACCUAGCAUCUUUUACCUGAACAGGAUUGUGACAAGUGCUUGAAAUUUUUGUCAUUGUAAUAACAAUUUAUAUUAUAAGUUAUAAAAAUAAGUGUUAUGUUCAGAUUAGUAAUAUUGGCACGUGUCUCUAUCAAUCUCUUUUAUUGAUUAAACAUGAUCUCUAUUCUCUUCUUUUUAUAAAGUUCAUUUUAUUCUUUAUUUGAUAACCACACUUAAUUUGUUUUUUGAACAGUUUCACUCUGCCCUAGCUUUGAAAUUAAAUUCCAUUUGAGGCUUUUAUUAUUAAUUAAUUGUGAUUUUUUUAUAUUUUUUACUCUUUUUGUUUUAAUAUUCAAUAUUAAAAUAUAUUAAUGAUAAUGCUAAUUAAUUAAUAAAUGCUUAUGUCGAAUUAAAUUGUUGGGAAUUGCAUGUAUAAUUUUAAGCAUUAUAAUUAUUGUGAAGUUUAAAAUUACUAUUGGAAUAAAAAUUAUUAUUUUAUUGGGACCAUUUUUUAAUGAAAUUUGUGUAUUGAUUAUAUUUCUAACACUAAUUGUUUGCCUUUAAGGUUAGAAAUUACCAUAUUAUAUGCCAUAUUUUAUUAAUUGUAUCUUUUUUUUCAAAUAAAAUGUUUUUUCAAUCUUUUG